AUGUCGGACUCGCCCCAAUCCAAUCCCAAGGAGAUCGAAGGCGCACACACUCCCGACGAGGAAGCACAGAUGAACGAUCCCCAGGACCCACAGUCUGCCGGCCUCGGCUACGAGUUUGAGGUCAAGGAGCAAGAUCGUUGGCUGCCAAUUGCAAAUGUGGCCCGUAUCAUGAAAAAUGCACUGCCCGACAAUGCAAAGAUUGCAAAAGAGGCCAAGGAAUGCAUGCAAGAAUGUGUCAGCGAGUUUAUCUCGUUUAUUACGAGUGAAGCCUCUGAGAAAUGUCACCAAGAGAAGCGAAAGACUGUGAAUGGGGAGGAUAUCUUGUUCGCCAUGACGUCUCUUGGCUUUGAGAACUACAGCGAGGCUUUGAAGAUCUAUCUUGCCAAGUACCGUGAGCAGAACCAAUCAACACGCGGCGAGGGCCAGCAAAAUAGGCCUAGCAGUCAAGGCUAUGGCGCGCCGCCUGGUGCCGCGCCUGGGACCAAUACCACAGCGGGUUUCCCCGGCGGAGAGCUCGGGCAACAGGGUACUGAAGCUCCCGGAGAUGCCUCCGGAUAUCUCUACAACACGCAACCUGGGCACAAUGGUGCCGCCACGGGUGAAUAUUGACCAGCAUAAACCACGCCAUUCCCCACAAAGGCGAUCACUAUAA